AUGAAGCUUAAGGACAUUAAGGAAAAGGUUCAGAAGAAGUGGAAUGUUGGGGUCAACAAAACCAAGGCUAUAAGGGCUAGGUUUGCAGCCAAAGACAUGGUUGAUGGGUCAUUUCUAGGGGAUUAUGCAAGGGUGUAUGACUAUGCACUUGAGUUACUAAGAUCUAACCUAGGGUCAACUGUUAAAGAAAAAGAAAAUAUUGAAGAGUUAGUUAAAUCUCAAGCGGGAGCUCUUGAUAAAUUUUUAACUAAAGAACCACAAGUUUCAAAUGAAAAUGUUGAUAAUAUUGAAGUUGAAAUUCUUGAUAGUGUGACCAUUGAAAAUGAUAAUCUUGAUGGUGUGGCCAUUGAAAAUGAUAAUCUUGAUAGUGUGCCUAUUGAAAAUGAUAAUCUUGAUAAUAUUCCUAUUGAAAAUGAUAGUCUUGAUAAUAUGCUUAUUGUCGAGGAAGUUAAUAAUGAUGAUGAUGAUAAUCUUGAGGAAGUUAAUAAUGAUGAUGAUAAUAUUGAUUAUGAUAUAUUUGAUCCAAGAAAUUGGGAUCGUCUUCAACCUCAACUAAUUGAUUUAUUAGUUGUGAAAGGUCCUAAAAGAGAUAAUUCUAUUUCAAAGGGUCCUAAAGAUAGUUUGAAUAGACGUUUUACGGCUAAUUUGUAUACUAGAGCUUUAGCAAAUGGAGAGAUGUGUGAUAGAGAUUGGCUUGUUUAUUCGAAAGAGCUUGAUAGAUUAUUUUGUUUUUGUUGUAAGGUUUUUAAAAAUGGUAUUGGUAAGGGACAAUUAGCAAAUGAGGGUUAUAGUGAUUGGGUACAUGUUGGUGCAAGAAUUAAAGAGCAUGAGUUAGGCAUGGAACAUGUUAAAAAUAUGACUACUUGGUAUGAGUAUCGUCAAAGGCUGCAAACAUUUCAAACUAUUGAUAAAACGACUCAAAGAUUAAUUGAGAAAGAAAAGGUUCAUUGGAAAAAUGUUUUAAAAAGAGUUAUUUCAAUAGUGAAAUUUCUAGCUAAACAUAAUUUGGCCUUUCGUGGUUCUCAAGAGAAAUUGUACGAAGAUAGCAAUGGAAACUUUUUGGGUUUGAUUGAAAUGUUAGCUGAAUUUGACCCAAUCAUCCAAGAACAUGUUCGACAUGUUACAACUCAAAAAGUUCACGUUCAUUAUCUUGGGCAUAAAAUACAAAAUGAGUUGAUUGCAUUGCUUGGUUCUGCAAUUAAACUUGAAAUCAUUAGAAAAAUCAAACAAGCAAAAAGUAUUUCUCUGUGAUACUUGAUUGUACUCCUGAUGUUAGUCACCAAGAGCAGAUGUCUUUGAUAAUAAGAUAUGUGAAUAUUUCUUCAGCUUCUGUUAGCAUUGAGGAAUCCUUUUUAGGAUUUUUGAAUGUGAAUGAUACAACUA